CUUCCCACAUCAGCUUAGAUAACAGCCUUCACACACCCACCCUCCCUCCCUGCACUUCACCACACCACCCCCAACUGAAAAAACCACCACCAUCUACCACCGCGCUACUCCGGCGAAAUGGCUGCCACCGCCGCCGCCGCCAUCGGAUCUUCUUUCUCCACUACCAUGCACACCCUCAAGCUCUCCCGGUCCAAACACUGCCCAUCCGAUGCUCUCCUCAGAAUCAUUUCAACCCCCAUAUUUAAAGUACCAUCAAUCUCUCACUCUCACGUGAUCGACCCUCCUUUGUCUCUGCCCAUCUCGCACAAGUGGAGGGCCCCCAGAAUAUCCGCUGCUGUUGCACAGGAAGAGGCGGCAGCCACGGCUCCGGUGGAGGAGGAGCAGCAGCAGGGGCAGGAGGAAGGAGAGCAAGUGUUGAGAGAAGAAGGAGCCGAGUCUCCUGUCAAUACUAAGCUCUAUUUUGGGAACUUGCCUUAUAGCUGUGACAGUGCCCAAUUGGCUGGAAUUAUUCAAAACUAUGGCAGUCCAGAACUGGUUGAGGUUCUUUAUAAUAGGGAUACUGGAAGAAGCAGAGGAUUCGCAUUUGUGACAAUGAGUAGUGUCGAAGAUUGUAAUGCAGUCAUUGAAAAUCUUGAUGGAAGUGAAUAUGGUGGUCGAACCUUGAGGGUGAAUUUUUCAGACAAGCCUAAACCUAAACUUCCAUUAUAUCCAGAAACUGAAUACAAGCUUUUUGUUGGAAAUUUAUCCUGGUCAGUCACAUCUGAAAGCCUAAACCAAGUUUUUCAAGAAUAUGGCAAUGUGAUUGGAGCAAGGGUUUUGUAUGAUGGAGAGACAGGAAGGUCCCGUGGCUACGGUUUUGUAUGCUAUUCAACGAAAGCUGAGAUGGAUACUGCCCUUGAAUCUCUUAACGGAGUGGAACUAGAAGGACGGGCAAUUCGUAUUAGUUUAGCUCAAGGAAGACGAUCAUGAGAUGGAAAGUCCAGUGUAAAUUUGAGAAGAGUUGAAGUCACUGUGAAUCACAAUGAAGAGAGAAAGAUAUUCUUUUAGCCAUCACAAAUGCAGCCACUUGAGUAACUAGGAAUUUUCUUUGGUCUCUUCUUGCGUCUAUAACUCAUUUCCACUUUCCUUUUUUCUUUUGAGUAGAACUUGUUUUUUUUAAGAAAAUUAAUCGCUUUCUUGUGAUAAUGAUGGUAAUGAGUUUAUUUAUCUUCACCAUCAAUUUGUUCUUAAACACACUUUUCCAUGACGUUUGGGUUUAUUCAAUCCCUUGGUAACAUUUUCUAGUAUA